CCUCCCCCUGCUGACUGAUGACUACGGAGAAGAGAUGAGGUAAUCCCAAAGGAGAAGAAAGGAAUCAUGCAGGAGGCGCUGAGAAGAAGAAACAUGUGAACGGAUGAAGACUGGGAGAAGAAAAGGUGACAUCAUGACAACCAAGAUUUAUGGUCUCUUCGGGGCGUUGGAGAAGUAACAAGAAGAGGAACACGUGACCAGGAAGUCUGAAGUCUGAAGCAGCAAACCAAGAAAUGACUGUGAGGGAGGGGGGACAUAGUAAAUAAAAAGGAGCUACUGGGUCUGGAAGAGGGCUUUUUGAUGGGAAGAGUGUGUGAGGUAUAGAGAUGGACAGAAGUAAGCUUUUGCUUUGAGCUUUUUGUCUGUGAUAAUCUGACCUAGUGUCAUUUUUGGAGAGCUUAUUCAGCUCAACUUUGCUAUGACUCGAUUUACUGGCAAAGAGUUGCUUUACUUUUUAACCCGCUUUGUCAGGGUUUCGUUUGGAUUACUAUUGUUUUUUAUUCUGUGUGAAAUAAAACCUAGUUCCUCGGAUUCGAGGAACGAAAAAAGGAUUUACGAGUGGGGUCUCCUCCUGCCGGUAACCGAGCGAAGAUGCGAACUUUGUUGCUGUGGUACCAUUCUUGGGACCGGUAACACAUUUUGGGGGCUUGUCCGGGAUCUGCCUCCACCAGUCUAUCUGAUACCAGAACCAUCAGGACAACGUGAGGCCGUGACCACAACCAGUGGACGUCCAGAAGGAGUGGGUGGAGCCAGAGCAGGGUCUUCAUCUAUCUGAGGGAGUCACACUGCUGUGGAAGUAGGCAGAACAUAUCAUGUCUACACCUCGUAAGCAAUUAGUGUGGAGCAUCAAGACGAACUUGUUUAAGCUGUCUGGGAGAGAUGUUUACAGACCGGCCAAAGACAGUGCAGCGGACAUCAAUGAAGUGGAGCGUGUGGCUGCGGGUGAUGAAGAAGACUGUAUAGACUUCAUUCUGGACUACAUGCAGUCAGAGUCAUUACUUAAAUCUGAAGAUGAAGGUAUGAGUCAGCUGUUGAUGUUAAAUGACUUGGUGUGUAAUGUAAUUGAAUGCUCUGCCUUAACUGGUCAUGAGGAUAAUUUGACAACCCAAACAAAUGUCCACAGACAUAUCCAUUAGAUCAGCUGAGCACAUUGCACAGGAUAAGAGCCACAUUCAUAUAGAUCAAAUCUCAGAUCCCCAAACAGUCACCAUUGCACCCCCUCCCACACAACACCAUAAUUCUAGAGCUUACACUCAUAGGGUGGACCAACUACAGUUACUCCAUGAGGAACUAAGUAAAAAGUUGCAACAGUGGAAAGACAUGACAGGUACACUGCAUCAGGGCACAAGUGGUUUCCAACAGCUCCAUCCGCCAUCACAAGAAGCCAAGAGGAUAGUAACCCUAAAGGACCUCCCAUACCUACAGCGCAGAGAAUUUAAGGUGCAUGGAGGGCAAAUUGGAGAUAAAAACUGUGACAUCGCUUACAACAACAUCUCCAGACUAAUAGAGGAGGGGCUUCGAGAGAGUUUCACUGAGGCAGAGAUCAUCCGUUUGCAGAGUUUGCUGAACUGUUACAUCAGUGGCCAUGCAGUGAUGGUGUUAUUUGAUACUGGGUCACAAGUGAGCAUUAUUGACAGGAUCUGGAGAGAGACAUUUAUCCCCAUUCACCCAGUGCGACCUCUGAAAGACCUCUUUGGCUCUGGGGAAAGUUUAGACCUGUAUGCUGCAAAUGGACAGACCAUACAGUAUGAUGGAUGGGUGGAGCUGACAGUCAACCUUCCAGGAAAUAACAGUCCAGAAUUGGCAAUACAGGUUCCUUUCCUGGUCAGCCAGCUCCCCCUUCCCCAGCCCUUGCUAGGGUCCAAUGUACUUCAAGAGAUGAUCAGCCGGAGAGAGUCCUCCGGAGACUCAGUCACCAUGGUCAUUGACCUUCUCCAGAAGACCCUUGGUGUAGAGGUUGACCAGGUACAAGCUAUUGUCUGCUUCAUUCGGACUCGGGAAAACUUAGAUGACAGGAUUGCUGCAAUCCGAGUGGGAAAAGAGGAUGUGAACAUUCCAGCUGGCAAGACAGUUAAUGUGCGGUGCAGAGUACCUCCAUCAUUUGAUACAUCUGAUCCUGUAAUCUUUUACGAACCUUCGGACAGUACCACGAUGGAGUGACUGAGUGUGGGAGAGGGUCUUCUAGAGGUGAACAGGAGUAAGUGGCCUCUCAUUACCCUACCUAUCUCUAACCACAAUAAGCAUGAUAUUGUUAUCCCGAGGAGAUCAUAAGUGGGCUCUAUCCAGUACAUCACAAAGGUCAUAGAAUUGAGACGAAAUGAGGACCAGAACAAAGAACAGACAGCAGCUAGUCAGGUGAGUGUAGGUGUUAGAACCACCAACCCCACCACAACCUCACCUGAGCCAUGGCUAUCACCCGUUGACAUUUCACACCUCAACCCCGAACAGCAACAGGUGGUCAAGAAAAUGCUCUUUGAACAAUCUGCAGCAUUUGCCAAUGAUGACAACGACAUUGGAUGCAUCCCAUCCCUCAAAAUGUCAAUUAGACUGACAGAGUAAACAGCAAAAAGUGUAUGCUUCCAAAGCCGAUGUACAAGGAAGUCAAGGAGUCUAUAGAAGACUUGUUGGUGAAAGGGUGGAUUGUAAAGUCUCACUCGCCCUAUGCAGCACCCAUCUUCUGUGUGAGGAAGAAGGAUGGGUCGCUCAGGCUGUGUAUUGACUAUCGCCAACUGAAUAGAAAGACUGUGCCCGACCAGCAUCCUCUUCCCCGCAUACAGGACCUGAUAGAUUCACUUGGUGGCUAUGCCUGAUUUUCAAUUCUAGACCAGGGCAAAGCUUACCACCAUGGGUUUAUAUCAGUGUGCUCAAGGCAUCUAAUUGCUUUCACAACUCCCUGGGGCUUAUAUGAAUGGGUCAGGAUCCCCUUUGGAUUUUCAAAAGCACCAGCUGCUUUCCAAAGAAGCAUGGAGGUGAUGCUUGGCACAUUGCGGGAUGAAUGUUGCAUACAAUAUCUGGACGAUGUCCUAUGCUUCUCUAAGUCCUUUGAGGAGCAUGUGGAAGUAUUGUGCAGUGAGUUACAAGCUUUGCAGUGCAGUAAAGGUGAGACCGGAAAAGUGUGAGCUCUUUCGAAAGGAAGUGAGAUAUGUUGGGUAUCUGGUGUCCAAAGAUAGGGUCAGAGUAUAUUCUAAGGAUAUUGAGGCAGUACAGGCACUGAAGGAGAAGGCCCCGAAGACUGUUGGAGAAGUUAGGAAACUUCUUGGUUUCUUGAGCUACUUUUGAGCCUAUGUAGAGGACUUCUCACGCAUAGCCCGACGCUUGUAUGAUAUACUCCAAGGGAAAUCCACUUCACACAAAAAAAGCCAUCAGGAGGGAAAUCUAAGAGCCCUCAGUUGCCAUCAGGAACCUCUGUAGAGUGGAACCAGGAACACCAGCAGGCCCUUGAACAUCUUAUAACCAUUCUCACCAGCCCACCAGUACUCACAUACCCAGACUUUAACCUUCCAUUUAUACUUCAUACUGACGCUUCACAGCAAGGCCUUGGAGUUGUUCUGUAUCAGAAGCAAGAUGAGAAGCUUAGAAUGAUUGGCUAUGGCUCACGCACACUCACACCAGCAGAACAAAAUUACCAUCUUCACAGUGGUAAACUGGAGUUCUUGGCCUUGAAGUGGGCAGUGUGCGACAAAUUCAGGGACUACCUGUUUUACGCACCACAUGUUAUUGUAUUUACAGACAACAAUCCGUUGACCUACAUAUUAAGCACGGCCAAGAUAAAUGCAGUAGGUCAUCGCUGGGUGGGAGAACUGGCGGACUUCCAUUUUGAAAUAAAAUACAAGCCAGGCAAGUUAAAUGUGGAUGCUGACAUGCUUUCACAUUUUGUCCACUCGACAUCGGUGCCUACAUGAAUCAGUGUUCAGAGACAUUGUCUGAGGAGGCGGCAAGUGUACUGCAUGGGCAGGUAGCAGACUAGCUCAUGAGAAAGAAGUUGCCUGGGUCGCAGCUCUUAACAUCUCUUCCCAAAACCCAAACCCCACCAAGUCAUUCCCAGCGAUUAACCAUAGUGAUCUGAUAGAAGAACAACAUAAAGAUCCAGUGAUUGGAAUGAUUUUUGAAUUUAAAGAAAAGAACCCAGGGCUGGAGAAACCAACAAGGAAGCUAGCAAGAGCAUGGAGUAAACUGCAUGUUGAAAAUGAUCUCUUGUGGAGAAAAGUUUUGGGUCGAAAGCAGUUAGUGUUGCCAAGCAGCUACAAGCAGACAGUUCUGACCCACCUUCACGACAACAUGGGACAUGUUGGUGUUGAACGAGGGUUGAACUUGGCAAGAGAAAGAUUUUUCUGGCCUUUAAUGAAAAAAGACAUCAAAGAAUAUAUCACUCGCAAGUGUCGCUGUGUGAUGCAAAAAAAAAACCUGCUAUGCCGAUGGGGAGCUUAACAUCAUCCUCACCUCUUGAACUUGUUUGCAUCGAUUUCCUGCAUCUUGAAGCCAGCCGUGGUGAGUAUGAGUACAUUCUUGUGAUAGUUGAUCACUUCACGAGGUUUGCGCAAGCAUACCCCACCAAGAACAAAGCUGGCAAGACUGCUGCUGAUAAAGUUAUGCUUUAAAGUUAUGCUGCAAAGUGGGCAAAGAAAAUGGCAGAGGCAUACAAGAUAGCCAGUGACAACAGUCAGCAGUCCAGUGCAAAGGGAAAACAAUACUAUGAUCGAAGCAGCAGAGGAGUGAUUUUACAGCCAGGUGACAGGGUCUUAGUAAGAAAUCUGAUGGAGAGAGGAGGGCAAUGCAAACCAAACCCCUAUUGGGAGAGAAAAGUUUAUAUUAUCAGAGAGCAACUAGGUGUCAAUCCAGUCUACAAGGUGAGCCCAGAGAUAGGAGGUUGUCCUGUUUGCACACUUCACAGAAACUUGCUGCUCCAAGGGAAUGACCUACCUGUGGAACCACCUGCUAAAAACCAACCGAAACAAGGAAAGCAAAACCUAAGGCAGGUGAAACCUAUUGAUGUUCAAAAGACUUGUGACACUGAAACCAGUGAUUCAGAUGAGGAAGCUGUAGCACCACAAUACUGGCUUCGAAUUUCGAGGCAAGCACUCACACCUAAUACACCCCAGCAGGACUCAGGACCACGCUGCACCAAAACCCCACUUUGAGAGGACAAGCGCAGUUGGCUCUGCAUCUGAAAGAAAAAGUGUUGUGGGAGAACUCCAAGAAGAGCAGGAUGAUGGAUCAGAGUCACAAGGAGAGCAGAAUCCCCAAGAGAUAUCUUAAAACAAUGAAGAUCACCCACCUGUGCUAAGACGUUCUACUAGAGAGAAAAGACCUGGCCAGAUGCAACACCAACCACAGGCUCACUGUUUCCCCUUUCAGCCUCCAUCCAUAUUUCCACCCAGUCAUUGUGUAUAUCUGCAAGGCUUUUACCAUACAUCCAGUUACUGAACAAAGUGCAUGGUUUUGAAAGGUAUCUUUAGUGUAACUGUUGGGGGAUGAGAAAUGGUUUAGAUAAUUUUACGUGUCAGGAGUGACAAACCUAGCGACAGCUACUUUCUGUAGAACUUUCUUGUAGAUAUUCCCUACAGAUUAGCAACAAAGAAACCGUUUGCACUCUGAACUGUUCUUCCGGGAGUAAGGAAAGAGAACGAUAAUCUGCACAUGUGCAUGAGGACUGACCAAUCAUAAACCGUUUUCGGCCGGUCUGAUUCACCGACACGGUACAGUUGCAGAGGCUGAGUCUGCCGAUUUACGUCUGCUGCUGCUGCAGGCUCACGCUUCUACUAGAGACGGCGCAGGCGUCAACCUGCGAUGUCUGGUUCUGCAGCCGUCAGACACUUUGGCUUUUCCUGCAUUUGGCAAAAAAAUUCAACGGGACUCUCAACUACUGUCCCGUUUACACACGCAGCUCUGUGGCUCAUCUGAAUUUCCUUCAGACACAGGGAUGGUUAUACCAUGAGACACCCACUCCCUGUUGCUCUGUGCGCCGUUAUAAUAACGAUGGAGAGAAUGCACAACAGAGAAGUUGAGAAACUAUGAGGUGUAAAAAAACUGCUUUUUAGGAAAAUGGCUGUGAGAAUGAGGAGAGCAGAAGGUCUGAGUUGUAUCCUACAACAAAACUGUUUGGAUCACCACACCAUAUCCGUCUUAAUGUCGCUUUAUUGGUACUUUUGGGAUUUAUGUUACAUAUCAAAGCAAUUUGGGCCAUUUCAAUCAUACUAAUUAAUAACUUUAACACAUAACAUAGUUUUUGUUAUUUUCCUCCCUUUUAGUAUAUCUUUUAGAUGCUAUGGGGAAAAUGAACGCCAAUAAGGCGUGAUGACGUAAUCAAUAUGUAAAUUAGCACGUGACGUCACAUGACGACAUCUAGCGACUUUUGGGGGGAACUUCAGCUACUUCCAGUCAAAAACAGUUGGCAACACUGUCCGCCCCUCGCAUCAGACGCGAUACGGACAUGAAACGAUGCACUGGUGUAUGUCAUUGCUGUUGACAUUUCUUCAUAUCUCGCAGGUUAGUGUUAGGUUAAAAACACUCUAAAAGAACUCUGAAAGUGUGAUAUGACGUGUCUCAGUUAAAAUGUGUUUUGAAAAUGGUUAAGGAGUAGAAGUAAACUUACUGUUGGCUGCAGGGCCGGCUUUGCCGACAGGUGACACAGGCGGCCGCCUGGGGUGCCAUCUGAUGGAUAGGGUGCAAAAUAAAAAAAAUUAAAAAAAGUUUAUUAAAUGUAUGUUUGUUAUAUGAAAUGCACUCUCUACAUACUCAAAAUUCCCCUCUGAAAUGACAUGAAAUGAAAACAUCAAUAUUUAAAUUCUAAUGAUCUGGCUGCAUGACGAGCUCCCGCUUGGGCCACCGCUCCGAAGCAUUUGACCGUUAAGGGUGCCGUAGAUCACGUGCGAGGGCAGCACUGUAGGACAUCCAGUUGUCGCGUUUAAACUUUUGAUAUCUUUUACGAUAAACAGAACACCUAAGCCAUCGGGAUCAGCAUUCCGAAAGCGACGGAAGGAGGAAGAAAAAAAACGGGCCCAAAGCAGAGAUGCAGUGAGACAAUAUCUGCAGCCAUGACAGGCACCUGUUGACACCACGGGGGCGGGACUGUCUUCUACACCUGUUGAGGCUCACUGUGAUGAUGAAGAAUCGUCUUCUAUCCAGGCAUCACGCAGCAGCAGCACAUUUACUGAGCUACAGUCUCAGCAUCUAGAACCAGGUGAGUAAGUUACUUGUUAGGCUAUUUGUAAUCAGCAGUAGAAACGGACUUUUUCAAAUUAAACGGCUUAUCACGUAUAUCGAUAUGCAAAAUUAAUUUAUUUAAAUCCACACCAGACACUUGUUUUUGGCACAGUCAGUGCAGCAUUGAUUUAGCAUUGAGAAUAUUAAAUAAUCUGAACAUACACAUCUGAAAUUGUCUCCUUAAGAUGUUGUUGCCAGUUAGACUGUAAAUUUGUAAAAAAGGAUGGACAUUAGUUUUUGUGACAUUAGUGAGUCAUCUUCAGGGCAGAAAGGUUUAUGUCCUGAAGAAGGUGGUACAGAAACACGUCGGUGUUUCCUUGUUUAAUAAAUGAAAUCCUCAGAGUGCCUCAGAUCACCGGUUCUUCUUCCUCAUGUUCUACAAUUUAUUUGAUGCUGAAGAACACCUGAGAGUGAGACAUAAGUCUUUUCAAAUAUUCCCCAUGGAUGCACUCACUUCCACCUGUUUUUGAUAAUUUUAUUCAGGUUUUCAUAGAACAGAUUAAAAAAAGAUCAAUAAAAUAAAAAGUCCAGUAACAUUAAAAAUAAUGAAAAGCAUCACUGCACAUGACUGAGGAAUACUGAAUGUGAAAGUGGCACUGUUCUUAAUUCAUGCAUCAGAGGGUUAAGUUGCUUUGUGUGUGUGUGUGUGUGUGUGUGUGUGUGUGUGUGUGUGUGUGUGUGUGUUACACAUAUUGGACUGCAUGAGACAGCAUGGUUUCAUCAAAUCCAUGCAUCCUAUAUCUUGGCUGAAGUAAUGGCUCAGGAAAAUAACAUAAAUAAAUAAUGACGUCUCUACAGUGUCUAUGAUAAUGUUUUAUCUUAUCUUUGGUCUGGGAGGUGUAACUUAUCAUGAUACAAGCCUUUUAAAACAUGUUAAAGUGCUACAAGAGGAGAUAAAUGCAUGAAUUUAAAGUUCAUGUUUGGAGACCAACCUUCACAGUUUGGAGGCUCACGCUGGUGAGGAGACACCAUUAGUUCUAGUAACACCUGGGCUCCCAAGGCCUGUUCUGACAGGAUGGACGUUACGGGACCCUUAAGGAUACCAGUUGGAUGAUUGGAGGAUUAUUUAGGAGGAUUGGAAUGAACAAACUGAUUUCAGUGGUGAAGGGUUAAAUGAGUGAGUGCAAGGGCGUCAGUUUGUUUCCAGAAUUGCUGGGGACAAUAACCAUACACUUGAGUGGGGUUUAAAAAUUGCUGGGGACAAUAAAGUUGGCUAGCACAGGGGUCGGCAAUCCGCGGCUCUGGAGCCGCAUGCGGCUCUUCCAUGCAUCUGAUGCGGCUCUCUGUGCUUGUAAAAUAAUGAAUGGAUAUUUAAAUAAAAUGCUUUAUAUUUUACUGCAUUAAUUUUACAUCUGUAAGCUAAUUCUAAAUGUAAAGAUUGUCUGCGUAAACCUGAACAGGUCCAACCCGGUCUUACUGUGAGACCGGGUUGACGCGUCACGCUUGUGCGUAAUCAUAGGCGCUUCCUGAGCUGGAGGAUGUCAGAUUCUGGGAUUCUCCUCAGACAGGUUCCUGGAUGCGUCGCCACAUUGGAGACAGGAACAAGCACUAUUCAGCCAAAGUUUCAUAAUCAGGUGUGGCAGUGUGAGUGUCCUGUCACAGUGUCCCGAUAGAUCAUGCGCCCUGGCUACUUGGAAAAGGGGAUGUCCCUUUGGCUGACUGGUUAGAGCGUAUGACUUUCACCUGGGACUCUGGGGAUCGAAUCCCGCCCGGGCCCUCGUUUCUCCGCCUUGCCACAUAUUGACGGAUAAAUUCAAGGAUGUUGGUUGUUUUGAAAGAAUUACCCCGAAGCACACUGAUGCGCAUGGAUGAGCUGACAUUUUAAUCGUUACGCACAUCGCAGAGGUAACUUGAUUCUCAUCAGAACAUCAGAGCUUUAUGCUGGACACUGUGUUCAGCGCGGCUCGGAGCGCCCACGGUGGACAGAAGAUCUGGGGUUCGCAGCGCAGCGCAGAACCACGGUGCAUGCCAUAAGAUUUCCUCCCACUGAAGCGUUCUGGAAACCCGGUCUCUCUGAGGGAUGUGUCACUUGGAAAAAUGUUCUUUUUAUGAAAUUAUGAAACUUUGGCUGAACAGCGCUUGUUCCCUUCUCUAAUAUGGAGAUGCAUUACGCAUCCAGUCUGAGGCAGAAUAGCUCUUCAGCUCAUAAAGCACCUGUAGAGACAUUUGAUUACGCACAAAGUUUAUGUGGAGCAGAAGCGGUCGGGCCACGGCAGGUGAAAUGUUCCUAGCCUACAUGAAGUGUAACAUUAAUAUGUUACUGGACACGCUGGUCUGGUUGGUUAGACCAGUGUUUGAAGUGGAAAACACAUACACACACACACACACACACACACACACACACACACACACACACACACACCAAUUAAAAUAAUGCUGAUAGCGUGGACUAGAAGACAGGUGAUAGUUUAUGUAUUUAAAUGAUGAUCAGGCUGCUGUAAAAUGUAAUCUCCAUCCACAUCCAGACACAAUUAUCCUCUAUUCUGUCUGUAGUUGCUCUGCUCUUGUCUGGGCUGACGGAGCUGAUGGUGCGUGCGGCGCGCCUAACUAGCGGCUGAUGCACAUUUUACGCAUUUGGAGAGAUGGGCUGGAUGCUUUGUUUUACUGGAAGAUGGUCCACUUAACGCACGGGUGUAGACUACACAUUAAUGAAAAAUGAAUGAAAAUUAAACUGGGAGUUUUUACUUCAUAUUUUAGAAAUAAAAAUGACGGGGAAAACAUUUAUGACGUCUUUUUAAACUAAAUUUUCCAGCGCGACCUGCCUGCUUCACUAAGUCACUGCUUAUUAAGGUUCGUCCAGAAUUACCGUGGCCCACCCAAAAAUGAAAACCUGGCGCCGCGCCUGUUAUAAACCUUUGCAAAUUGUUGUUCUUCACGUUAUCAAACUCAGACUUUGUACAGCUAAUGUCAAGAUGUAAAAUUAUGAAUUCAGUCGAGCUCUUCCGUCCCUCCCUCUCCUGCUCUCCUGGAAACCCGACAUCGGCUGUCAGAAGCGGAGGUGAAGAAGGAGAUGAGGCAAACAGAGUGAGUGCGACGUAAAGAAACCAGACUGGUGUGGAGGUGAGCAAAACAGCUGGAAAAGUGUGGGUGUUGAAUCCCCCACGGAUGCGACGCUCAUGCGAGCGACCGGUAGCGGCUGCUGUCACCUGGUUGUGAGCAGCUCUCUGCUGUCUGAGGGUAGGCCCCGCCCACAACGCAGCGGCUGCUGCGGUGUUUUCUUUACUGUGGGAAACGGGUAAUAAUGUCUCUUUGAUGGGAACAGGUUGCCGACCCCUGGUAUAAGAUCUGAGCUGGUAAAACAAAAAUCCUCAUCAGCAGGCAUUUUUUAAAGUGGGGGGGACACAGCUGUCAAUCACAAAUUUUGCCGGGGACAUGUCCCCGGCGUCCCCGGUUAAAAUGACGCCUAUGAGUGAGUGAACCCACUACCCAGGAUGAACUCUGCUAACUUUAAAAAUCAGCUGCUCUAAAUAAGCAUGAAGGUCAGAGAGGAGCUCUAGGAUGGACAUGGAUAAAGGAACUGUAAUGUAGAGGUAAAGUAGGGCAGGGCCAACGUUAGCAGCUGUCAUACGGUCCAUCUGAAAUGUUUGACUUUCAUUUAGCUCGUUAUGUGACAGGUUAGAGCACAGUCUCAUGUUAGAGUUUUGUCAUGAGAACAUUGAGAUACCUCACAUGCUGAUGGCAUCUAAAAAUAUAUAAUUUUUUUCAAAUUAAAGAAUAAUUUUAAUCACAAUUGGAACCUACAAUCCUAGGAAAAACCUCGUCCAAUCAAUGUGGACGUCCUGUUCUCACUGAUUGGACAGAAAUCCCUCCAUCAAACUGUGUGUGUGUGUGUGUGUGUGUGUGUGUGUGUGUGUGUGUGUGUGUGUGUGUGUGUGUGUGUGUGUGUGUGUGUGUGUGUGCAUGCACACGAGUGAAUUGUGAACUGGCAUUGUGAUUUUGCUCUACUUACAUGUAGCCAUCUUUACGCUGACAAAAAUGUAACUAAGUAAAUUUUACUUUGAAUACAUUUUGUUUACAAUACUUUUUACUUUUACUUGAGUAAAAAUUUAGGCAAGUACUUUUAGUUGUACUUGAGUAAAAAAUUAUCAAAGUAUUGGUACUCGUACUUAAGUAGGAAAUUUUAGUACUCUUUCCUCCUCUGGUAAUUGGGAUAUUACUGUUUGAAUGCAGAUGAAAAUUCUGUAACUUCCCUAUACUCUUAUAGAGAGUCAUGUUUGUUUCUCCUAUGUUAAUACCUAAGGAUACAGAGGUGUUGCUCCAGCAAUAAGGUCAACAAAUUGGUAAUAUGUUAAUGUUUUAGAUUAAAAGCUCUUAAUGUGCCGUUUAUGUGGACUGAAGAAAAAAGAUGGACUGAGUUUCAGGAAAGUUUUCCAGCAUAAAACUUUAUUGUGAAAUAAAGAGACGUGAUAUGUGUCAUGACUCCCAUCCUUUACCCUCAUCUGCCUUAUCAUUUCCUCCUCAUUCAGCUCACCUUGUCCUCUCACCAAGCUCCAGCCAAGCCCUGCUUUCCCCAGCAACCUCUGUCAGCUUCAAUCAGCUCCAUUCAUUCCACCUGCUCCUGUAAUGAGCCUCAUCCCAUACACCUGCUUCCCCUGCUAUAAAAGAAACAGCCAUCCAGUCAACAGAUGCCAGAUUAUUACAGCCCUGCCAGUAAUUCUCCAGCCAUCCACCCUGCCUGAUCUCAGCCUCCAGACCUCGUUUUUCUCCUGACCCCUGCCUUGCUCACUGCCUGCCAUUUGGACCUUGUCUGUCUCUGAACCUGCCUCAGCCUUGCCCUCCAGGUACCUCUGCCUUGAAUAAAGACUUUUUUAUAUAUUUUUACUGUGUUUGGCGUCUUCACGGGUCUUCAGAGUUCAGUGCGUGACAGAAUAAUCUGGCCAAAUUCUGACCCUACGCCGACACAGCACUUGGGAGUAUUUUUUUCUCUCUUCAUACGUGCCAUGGAGUAUCUCACGCUCCUGGACUUCAUGGAACUAGAGAAGGAGCAGGUGUCACCGUUCUGGGGAACGCGGCUGGCCAUCAGGCCACAGCCACGCAGAGGUUCCACUCCUCAGUCCAGGCCUGCUGCGGCCGUCUUGCGCAACGGGUACCUGACAACGCAACAGUGGCAGUCCGGAAGACCUUCUACUACUUCGUGGCCUUCACAGACGCAAGGUUUUGCUGCUACACCGCUCAAGCCUCGAGUCCCUCCGUCCCGUCCACGUCCAGCAGUGGUCCCUGGAGACGCACCGCGUCCACGUCCAGCGGUGGUCCCAGGAGGCGCACCGCGUCCAUGUCCAGUGGUGGUCCUAGGAGGCGCACCGCAUCCACGUCCAGCGGUGGUCCCAGGAGUCUCACCGCAUGCACGCUCAGUGGGGUUCCUACUUCCGCCUUUUGAAGAGGCUCCACCUGCCCCGGUCCAUUGGUGGUUCCAGGGGUUGCAUCGCAUCCACGUCCAGCGGUGGUCCCAGGGGGCGCAUCGCGUCCACGUCCAGCGGUGGUCCCAGGAGUCACACCACAUCCUCGUCCAGCAGAGAUUCCACCUUCGCCUGUCCGAGAGGCUCCGCCUGUCCAGGUCCAGCGGUAGUUCCCGGGGUCGCAUCGCAUCCAUGUCCAGCGGUGGUCCCAGGGUCCGCACCACAUCCAUGUCCAGCAGGGGUCCCGCCUCCAUCUGUCCUGCUCCAGCGGUGGUCUCGAAGGUCGCGCCGCAUCCUGUCCAAGCGGUGGUCCCGAAGGUCACACCGCAUCCUGCCUCAGCGGUGGUCCCGGAGGGCGCAUCGCAACCUGCUCUGGCGGUGGUCCCGGGGGACGCAUCGCAACCUGCCUCGGCGGUGGUCCCGGGGGACGCAUCGCAUCCUGCUCUGGCGGUGGUCCCGGAGGACGCAUCGCAUCCUGCUCUGGCGGUGGUCCCGGAGGACGCAUCGCAUCCUGCUCUGGCGGUGGUCCCGGAGGACGCAUCGCAUCCUGCUCUGGCGGUGGUCCCGGGAGGACGCAUCGCAUCCUGCUCUGGCGGUGGUCCCGGGAGGACGCAUCGCAUCCUGUCUAGGCGGUGGUCUGGGAGGACGCAUCGCAUCCUGUCUCGGCGGUGGUCUGGGAGGACGCAUCGCAUCAUGCUCUGGCGGUGGUCCGGGAGGACGCAUCGCAUCCUGCUCUGGCGGUGGUCCGGGAGGACGCAUCGCAUCCUGCUCUGGCGGUGGUCUCGGGGGACGCAUCGCAUCCUGUCUCGGUGGUGGUCCCGGAGGACACAUCGCAUCCUGUCUCGGUGGUGGUCCCGGUGGACGCAUCGCAUCCUGCUUCGACGGAUGAGGUCCAAGAGGCCCCGGUCCCGGUCCAGCCUGUCCAAGGGGCUCCGGUCCAGCCUGUCCAAGGGGCUCCGGUCCAGCCUGUCCAAGGGGCUCCGGUCCAGCCUGUCCAAGGGGCUCCGGUCCAGCCUGUCCAAGGGGCUCCGGCCCAUCCCGUCCAAGGGGCUCCGGCCCAGCCCGUCCAAGGGGCUCCGGCCCAGCCCGUCCAAGGGGCUCCGGCCCAGCCCGUCCAAGGGGCUCUGGCCCAGCCCGUCCAAGGGGCUCUGGCCCACUCCGUCCAAGGGGCUCCGGUUCAGCCUUUCCACGAGCCUCCAGUUCAAGGGUCGACGCCUCCAGGCUCUGAAGUAGACAUCUCUGGUUCCUGCUCUGAAGAGGACGUCUCCUGCUCUCAAGUUCCCCAGUCUCAAGUUCCAGAGUCUGUGUCCCCUCUUAGUCGUCUUCCUCUAGUGUCCCCUCUUAGUCGUCUUCCUCUAGUGUCCCCUCUUAGUCGUCCUCCUCUAG